AUGACUGCCACCACCACCACCACCAUUUGUCACAUUCCAACCCAUGGGCACAAACGAAAAGGGACAAAUAUUACACCAGACCCGGUUAUGGUGUGUUGGCACUGUGGUGCCACUGGCCACACACAAAAUAAAUGUGUUGCCUUUCACUUACAACGAGCUAUGAUCCAAUUGCUUCCCAACGCUGCCAAUCCAUAUAUUCGAGAACUGGUCCAGCAGAGUGCUCAAAAGACUCUUGCGAAUGCAGUCUUGAAUGGGAAACAAGGCGCUCACCUCUCCUUUGGAGGAUCCCCUUGGCAGUUGCAAAUGGAUUGGCCAAUACGGUCACCGCCGCCACCCUUUCCCACCCCUGGUGUUUGGCAUUUAGGAGUGUACUAUGGGGAUGACUGA